UUACACUAUUAAAAAUAUAAUUCAUAAUGCCACUUCAUCCUUCUGUACUUUGGGCUCAAAGAGCUGAUUUAAUUUAUUUGACUGUUGAAAUUUCUGACAUUAAGGAUCAUAAAAUUGAUUUAACUGAAAAUAAACUCAAGUUUACUGGUAUUGGUGAAAAGGAACAAAAUGAAUAUGAAGCCGAGAUUGAGUUUUAUGCUGCAGUUGAUGUUGAAAAAUCAAAGCAACAUUUAACAGCCCGUAAUUUAACCAUGGCUAUUUAUAAGAAAGAGCAAGCUUGGUGGCCUAAGCUUCAAAAAGGUAAUAAGCUUAAUUUUGUUAAGGUUGAUUUCCAAAAGUGGAAAGAUGAGGAUGAAGAUGAGGAUGAAGGUCAAUUAGGUGAUCCCAUGGGUGGUUUAGACUUCCAAAGCUUGAUGGCUCAAGCUGGUGCUAAUGGCGGCUUACCUAAUUUAGAUGAUAUGGUAAGUUUUAAACUAAACUAAUUCAUAUAGCUUUAUUAAUGUAUGUAUUAUAAUUUUAUUUAGCCUGAGGGAGAUGAAAGUAGUGAUGAAGAACAAGAGCAGGAAAAGGAGGCUAAAUAAGCAGUUUUAUUCUACAUUUUAUAAUUUCAUACAGAUGCACUUGUUUCUUUACAAGAAAAAUAAAAUAAAAUAAAAUAAAAUAAACGAUUCAAUAAAGAAAGAAAAGAAGC